AUGAGUCAAGACGCCACGGAGGACGCCUUUAUCAAUGAGAGUGUACCAUCAAGCGCCGAAAAGAAGCAGCUCCGCCAUGCCAUCCGAAAGAAGUUCGCAGCGGUUGACGACGUGGUUCUCUUGCGUGCUGUAAAUGCAUUCCGGCCUUGGCGCGCUCCCGUAGGCAUAUUCAACGGAAUAAUGAAAGUGUUCGAGGACAUCGCCUUUCAAUGCGGCGCUGACCCUGACUUCGGAGUAGACAAGCCUGGAGUCGCUCUUAGAACACGCUUCGGAACCCUUAUGAAGGAGUUCAAGCGAGACCAAUGUAGAUCUAUGCGUAAGUCGGGCACCGUAGAGCAGUACGAAGAGCGCGACCGAUUGUCAGUGGACAUCACCACCCAGGUCGACGACUAG